CGCCCGGAUCCGUCAGUCCCGCGUACACUCUCGAGGUGUGAGGGUGCAUCUCGCGUCACACGCUGUCUCCCCGGCGACUUUUCUACGCGAUCACGGGAAAGCUUUCUCGGGAUCUCCGACCGCUGCACUCCAACGCGUUGUCCGGAGCGUCGGUGUAACGGCCGCGUGUUUCAACGAGUGCCGCGAGUGGAUUCGCGUCGGUACAGUGGCGAAAACUUGACGAACUCUAGGGAAAAAGGGCGGCGAUAUCGAGGAGAGAGAGCGAGAGAGAGAGAGAGAGAGAGAGAGAGAAAGUGAGUAAGAGAAGGACGGUCGGAGUGAGGCUCGUGAUCGAUCUACAGUGUGUACUCGUCAAGGUGUUUUCCUUCCGCGACCUCCCAUCGCCCCGGUCACAUCUAUUAUGUCACCGGCCGCGCGUGCCGGCAGACCGCUCUGAUUCGAGGAACUCGCAAGGCAUACUAGAACGCCCGCCACGAUGCUGCCGCAGACACCUGACAUCAUCCCGACUACGCUGAACCAGCAGAAAUGCGUGAAAGCGCGAGCUCUGUACGACAAUAUCGCCGAGGCGCCCGACGAGCUGGCUUUUCGAAAAGGCGACGUCCUCACCGUACUGGAGCAGAACACCGCUGGUCUUGAAGGAUGGUGGCUGUGCGCUCUGCGAGGUCGACAGGGCAUCUGUCCAGGAAAUCGAUUGAGGCUUCUGGUUGGCCAAUACGAUACCGGGGGUUGUUUGGUCGGCAGCAGGGCCGACCUAACCAUUGCAGAGGAUGGCAUACAGAGACACGGGAAAAGGCGUAGCUGGCACGUACAGCCCAACAGGGUUGUGACGCCGCAGAAGUGUGGGGACGUCUACCUGUACGACCUUCCAGCAAAUCGGGGAAGUCCCGCGCCACCCUCCAGACACGAUUCACCCCUCAACUCGACGAACAAUGAGCAUUCGCACAAUACGGGCCGAUACACGAGCAACAACGUGCGGAGCUCCGUCGACAACGGGGGCGGCGACGUGAACGAGUGUUACGACGUGCCGCCGCGCGCGAUCCCGGUGAUCCCCUCGCCGGCGAGCAGCCCGAGCCCGGCUCCGUCGUGCUACGACAUCCCAAGGCCGCCGACAUCCUGCACGCCCAACUCAAAUUGCUCCGGCGGCUCCGGCAUUACGCCGCUGGAUUGCUACGACGUGCCGCGACCCUUGCAGCCCCUCACGCCCAGCAGCUCGGCCUCCAGCCUCACCAACGACGGCUCCCUCAGCGGAUCGAACAGAUCGAGUUUGGCCGCUCCGGAUUACGAUGUACCCCGACCGCGUCUUCCAGCGUCCUCGUUGCCGUCCCGACACAACACCCCCAUACCGAAAACCCCGACACCACCGCCACCCUCGCAGCAGAUUUACGAUGUACCAGUCAGCAAGGAACUUCCGUUGGAACUGGAUUCCGCUCUGGAAGGUUUGCAGAGGUUGCAGAACGAGGCGUCCGCCGCGAUAGCGAGGCUACUGGGCUUUGUGAGCCCUGGUUGGAGAACGCCUCAGCGACUGGACGCCACUCUCAUGGACCUGAGGCUGGCUGCUCUCAGGCUCAGAACGAAUCUUCACGACCUAGCCGAAUUCGCGGAAGGUACACUGGGCAAUGCGGGCAAAGCGCCAGAUAAGGGCCUGGCCACGAAAUUACGGCCGCUAGUGAAGGCGCUUCGUGAUUCUGACAAGCUCGUACAGGAAGCCGCUAGCGAAUUGGACACGAUGGAAUGGGAUGCGAGUAAGCUCUGUCGUGGCGGUGGUGAUACACCGACACCAACUAACGGACCCCCGUCCUCGUUACUACCCAUGCAGUCGGAUCCCCUUGACCAGCUGAUCGCGUGUGCUCGAGCACUCACGGAAGACGUUCGUCAGGUUGCUAGUUUCAUUCAGGGAAAUUCCACGUUGCUCUUCAAGCGGGCGUCGAUCAUCUCCACGGGCAGCAGCAACAAUAGCGGCGCUGGAGAGGAUUAUGACUACGUAAAUCUCGAUUCGCGAGAGGUUGUAACGAAGCAACGAGAGGAACUGCGAGCCGCGCUGCCUCAGGAGCUGCGCAGCAAUUACGAUCUGCUGGUAUCCGAGGCAGACAAUGCCGCGAUUCAGAUGCCACCCACGACACCGACGCCCAUGGAUCCCAACGACAAGCAAUUGUUGGCCUUCUAUGUCGCCCAGGUCAUCACGCACGGUGCACACCUGACUCACGCCAUCGACGCCUUUCUGCAAACGGUGGAGCACAAUCAGCCACCCAAGGUUUUUCUAGCUCACGGCAAAUUCGUCGUGCUGAGUGCGCACCGACUAGUGCAUAUCGGCGAUACGGUGCACCGGAACGUGACACGCAACGACGUACGAACGCGCGUGCUACAAUGUGCGAACGCCCUGAACGAAGCGCUCGCGCAGACGGUACAGAAAACGAAGCAGGCCGCCCAGUUCUUCCCGAGCGUUACCGCGGUUCAGGAAAUGGUCGACAGCGUCGUCGAUGUCUCACACCUGGCCAAGGAUCUCAAGGUUGCAAUGAUACACGCUGCUCAACAGCCCUGAGAAGAAUUUCUUCACGACGCAGUCGCGAAAUCACAAGUUCCUUCAAUUGAGAUGCAGUCGUCGAUAGAUUCUUUCUCGUUGAAACGAAGAAGCUUCGAGACUGCGAAGAUUCAAACACGUUUUUGAAUUUAUUCGCGAUCGGGAUUUAAUCGCGUUGAUGAUUUGAAGAUAACGCUCGAAGAAGUAUGCCGAGUUUGUUCUCCUUUUUUUCGUCGGAGUUUAAAACGAACAUCGCUAAGAAUCUUCAGCGCGUUGAUAAAAUAUUUUUUCUUACAUAAAAAACCGGAUCAAAAGUAUCUCAGGAAUUUCUCAUGGAGGCGAGUCUUCAAGCGUUAUCUGGAAAAUGUGUUACUAUUGAUGGCUGCUGCUAUUUUGAGAUUCAGCCACUUAUGAAUAGAAAUACAAUAGUAUUGACUGCGCCUGUUAUUUUUUUCAGAAAAAAAAUGAGCACUAGUGCAAAAGAGUUUUCCUUAGAAUCCCGACAAUUCAACUUUCGGCAUUAAACGGCGAGAAAAUCAAACAGAUUAACGAAAUCCGCGUACGCGUGUCUUCACGAACGUUAAGACACGUCCGGAUGGUCGCACACUUUAGUGCGUCCCGUGCAGCUAUUAUUCCAUUUUAUUAUAAAGAGAAUCCGUGGCCUAAAAUAUAGGAACCUGCUACUGCCAAAGCUCCGGUAUAUAGAUCAUAAGAAACGAACAAAAACCACAACCCUGGGAUGAGUGUCUUUGUAAUGUACUCGAGAAUAUAAGCAUUGUAAUCUUUCAUAGGAAAUAUAUAGCCAUUCGAUUAGACGUUCAGGUAGAUGUGUGAAAUGGAAUAUAACAAGGCCAAUAGCUUUCUGGCACGAGUAAAACAUUUUUCGAAAUAGCUUUUGCGAAUUUGCGACCUGGUAAGCCACGUCGCAAAGUCUAUUUCGGAUAUACGCCGACGCGACGUAUGCAGCUAAACGUCUUAGUAGUUUUAUAGAUGUAUGUACACACGUAGAACAUACACACGCAACUAGACAAUACGUAUUCAUAUCUUUCUUUUAGAAUCGAUUCACCGACAUCAGUUCACUGUAAUUUUAAUUUUGCGGCUUUCUUGUUCUUUCGAAAAACUAAGAAAGGAAUAAGAUAAACUACGAUUAUAGGCAACUGAUAUUGCUGAAAUCGGCGAUUAGCAAUUCUAAUGACGGGCGUAUACGCGGACGACCCUCGAAAGUGUUGUCAGUGAAAGAAUCGUCGCUGUUUUACUUCAAGGCAAAAGACCGAUAUGAAUACCGAAUGUCGAAUCGAGGAACAACCGCGUUUUUUGUUUUUUUCUUUUGUAACUCGAUCGUAUGUCUGAAAAUUAAUACCAAGAAAAUUCAACGCAGAUUCGUCUGCGAGGAGUACCUUUUUGGGAUACUCCUCGCAAAGGCGCGAACUAUUACUUGUUGCGGCGCGGACAGUUUUUUUGGAAGACAAUUUUAAAUGAAUUUUAUACGAAGCUUUUACCUGCCGGGUUACGACUUUUUCGGACACCCAGGCCUUUUUACCAGGCUCUUCCAUAACAGUAAAUUAGUCACGAGCGCACACCGUGAACCGCAAUCAGCGGCGGAUCGAAUUUGUAAACCGUUAACGCGCAAAAAUUUCCACGGCAACUACGCGUAUUACUCGCGAAUCUUUUUGCACAACGAGACCAAUAACGCCUUUUUUAUAGAGCGAACAAACGAAGAUUUUUACUAGCAAGUCCUAUGGCAGACUGACCACACAAACGUUUAAAAAGUAUCGCAUUCAUAAAAAAAAUUUUCGUCUACUUUUCUGAAUUAUCAUUUACAUUUUUAUAAUAUUCGAAUCAUGAAAUUACUUUGCGAUUAUCCAAUCAUUAAAACUUUUUUAUAUUAAAAUGAAUCUUAAGGAUUAAAACUAAACUGAAUAAAUGUCUUCUGGUUAAGAUCUAAAAAGAUCACAUCUAGAUUAUCUUCGAGCUCACGCCUAUCGAGGCCAAAUGUAUACGAUCCAAUCGCUAAUUUGCGGUGCACUUGUUCUAAUGGCAUUCUCCACGUGCGAAAGUGUACUUAAAAUUAGCUCACCGACUGUAGCACUCGCUCAACGCAUGCGGAACCAUCCAACUUUGUAUUGAAAAGUUUUACCGCGCCUCGUUUAAACAACGGAAACAUAAUUGUAACUGUGAAUGCGAUUACGCGUGUAUUAAGAUAGCACCGGCUGUUUUGUUGCAGCUUUAACGAGUAUUUAUUAGAAUUCCCCUUAUUCUAAAAAAAAAGGUUUUUAUCUCUCUUUCGAUUUCUUUUUUAUUUUAUUUAAAUCAAUUUUUUUCUUCGAAUCGAUUUUUAUUUUAUUAUAUCGAUUAAUGUGAUUUACUGUGUAUAACAAAGAUGAAACGAUCCUUUGAAAGCGGCUUAUGACAUUUAUCUUACAUUUUUUUUAUUUUUUUAGAGACUAUAUCCAGGCAUAUCGCGCAUGGAGAAGCGUUUAUAGUAUAAACUUUAUACACGAACCUCGUUUACGAGACUUGUAUUAUAAUUUAUUGAUGAAGUGUUUUUGUAAUAUAAUACAUAUAUGACAGGCAGUUAUAUAUAUAUAUAUAUAUAGAUAGAAUUGUAUAUUUAGAAGUUUAUAUGAUAGUCGAAUCGAUAGGUGCUGUUUAUCACCCGCGUUGAAUCACCGUAUUCAAAUGUGUCGUAUAGUAACAUUAAGUGAAAUAAUGGUUUCUCCUUAUUGUAAAACGCAAACUGACGAAUCGCUACUGAUGUUAUAUCCACGCGAACACCUGUUCGUCAUUUCCCUGAUUUCCCUUUUGUACAUUGUACCUGGAUGAUCUUUUCGCGAUAGUUGUUUAUCAUUCUCGCGGCCAUUCAUAAAUGUAACGGUAUUAUUGUAUAAAUUUACAAGCUACAUAUCCGAGAGCAGCUAUUCCAAGAUUAUAAAAGAAAAAAAUUAGAAAUGAAGACUCUCGAUGUAGCGCACGUAAUGUCCUUCAAAGGAACGUUGACCAUACAUCGAAGAUUUGUUUAUCGUAAUGAACGCUUUAAUCAUGUUUUCGGUAUAAUCGCGCAUGGACACAAUUUCUGCGUUUUAUCAUUGAAAACUUCUCUUCGUGCUAUUCGCAAAAUCGAAAUGCGUUACAAACUAAAUAAUUAUGUUACCUUAAGAACAUCUUAUUUGUACAUAGAUAUAUUUAUACAUAUUAUAUAUAUAUUAUAUACAUAAUAUAAUUAUUCCUAUUACAGAAAUGGAGUAUGUAUACACAAACAUAAUGCUACAUCCGAGAUGCAUUAGUGAAGUAAACUUAUUUGAAAAUAUUGUGCAAUGUCAAAAAUAAUUUUUAAGCCAAAAUACACUGAAAGACAGAGCAUUUGAAG